UCUUCGCUCAAUUUAAUUGCAUCAACAAAAUAUGCAACGUCUGUGAUAAUUGUUCCCUUUUUUUUCUUUCUCGCGAAUUCAAUCGCCUGGAUUUGUUUUCAUCACAUUGUAAUUAUAAAGUUAAAAGUGUUUCCGACUUUUUUGUUGGGGGUGUGCACAUUAAAAAAUCUGGCGCUGUUAUUUUCGAAGUCAUGUUCAAGAAAGUCACUCACGUUUUCAACGAGUACAAAAUCCUUCGUGGAAUGCUCUCAUAUGCAGUACUAUGGCCAGUUGGCAGUUUGAUGGAACAGACAUUGGUGGAGAAACGAAACUGGCAAACAUACGAUUGGAAAAAGUGUUUAAGGUGCGAUUUGAAUGUGCAUUACAUUCUAUUUUUUUUUCUUCACAUUUCCCAUCCAAUAUUCACAUUUAGUCUAUAUGGAACGCUCAUAAUGGGUCCAACAAUGUAUGUAUGGGUACGAACAGCAAAUGUAAUUUGGCCACGGUCGGGCUUUCGAUAUUCGCUGUCAAAGGCAAUUACCGAACAGUUUACAGUGGAUCCAACUUUAAUAUGUACGUUUCUGUUUGUGAUGUCUAUACUGGAACAAAAAACAAUUGACGAAGCCAAAGACGAAGUUCGCAAUAAAUUCAUAGAUACAUACAAAGUCGGAGCAAUAUAUUGGCCGACAGUGCAAACGAUAAAUUUUACAUUCGUUCCUCUGAAAAAUCAAGUGGUUUGUACGAGUUUUUUUAGUAUGAUAUGGAGUGCCUUUUUAGCAUAUGAAAAGCAUCUGAAAACAAAACUGAAACAACAAAAGAACGAAUGAGAAUUAGUGGUGGACAAUAGCCGUUCAAUAAAUGUUCGAUGAUAGUAUGAGAAUGGGACGACGACGCUCGGUGGCCACAAUUAGAAAUUAAUUAGCAGAGAAUAAUUAAAGUUGUAUAUGCCAACAACGACAAACACGAUGAUGAUGACAAUGACAACGAGAACGACACCGACCAUUUCAUUAUUCAUUGUCGAUAUCAUAAAAUUACAGGCAAUUUUUGAUGAAGCGGAAAUGAAUUCCGUUCGACUCUUUGUGAAUUCAAUCUUUUAUUGUCAUUGUGUGUGCGUUUUUUGUUUUUCUUGUUCUAUUGAUAACGUUAAUUGUAUUUAUAACGAAAAUAUCAAAAACAUUAUUUAUUUCAGGUUCAUAAAAAAUUCAGUUUUAUU